AUGAUCAGCGCCGUCCUCGUCUUCAACAAUAACGGACAGCCCCGUCUAACCAAGUUCUACACACAGAUCGACACCCAAACAAAACAGUCCCUCAUCGCGCAAAUCUACAACCUCGUCGCCCAGCGUCCCCCAAGCGCCUGCAACUUCCUCCCCCUCCCUCCCCUCCUAUCUCGCGGCGCGCGUUCCAGCGAAGCAAAUGGCCCCUCAGACAGCCCUACGCAAAUUACCUACCGUACCUAUGCGACACUAUCCUUCAUCAUGAUAUCCACAUCGACGGAAUCCCCACUCGCGCUCAUCGAUCUGAUCCAGGUCUUCGUGGAGUCGCUGGACCGCAUGUUCGAGAAUGUCUGCGAGCUGGAUCUUAUCUUUGGGUACGAGACUAUGCAUGCGGUGUUGGGAGAGAUGAUUGUGGGCGGGGUGGUAGUUGAGACGAACAUCGAAAAGAUCAUCGCCGGCCCUGCCCCUAAGUCCGGAAAGAAGACUGCUCCCCUCCCCUACCCCCAGGGUAAGGCUGGCGGUAAGAAGGCUGCCAAGAACCCUCUCAUCGAGAAGCGUUCCCGCAACUUCGGCAUUGGCCAGGACAUCCAGCCCAAGCGCAACCUCGGUCGCUUCGUCAAGUGGCCCGAGUAUGUCCGUCUGCAGCGCCAGAAGAAGAUCUUGAACCUCCGUCUCAAGGUCCCCCCUUCCAUCGCUCAGUUCCAGCAGACCCUGGACCGCAACACCGCCGCCCAGGCCUUCAAGCUCCUCAACAAGUACCGCCCCGAGACCAAGACCGAGAAGAAGGAGCGUCUCCUCGCCGAGGCCACCGCCGUCGCUGAGGGCAAGAAGAAGGAGGAUGUCUCCAAGAAGCCCUACAACGUCAAGUACGGUCUCAACCACGUUGUCGGCCUCGUCGAGAACAAGAAGGCUUCCUUCGUCCUGAUCGCCCACGACGUUGACCCCAUUGAGCUGGUUGUCUUCCUUCCCGCUCUCUGCCGCAAGAUGGGUGUCCCCUACGCCAUCGUCAAGGGCAAGGCUCGUCUCGGUACCGUCGUCCACAAGAAGACCGCUGCCGUCCUCGCUCUCACCGAGGUCCGCGCCGAGGACAAGUCUGAGUUCGCCAAGCUCCUGUCCGCCGUCAAGGAGGGAUACACCGACAAGUACGAGGAGUCCCGCCGCCACUGGGGUGGUGGUAUCAUGGGCGCCAAGGCUGUCGCCCGCCAGGAGAAGAAGCGCAAGGCCGUUGAGGGUGCCAUCCGUGUCUAA